AUGACGUCGCGUAGCAGUCGUGUUGCCGCCGCGUCCACGAGCAAUCGAGUGGCUUCCUGUAUCGUGACCGCCGCUGUCUUCAGCGUCCUGUACCAUCUUUUUCUGCAGCCACCAGCUGUCUCCUGUCCGUCGGGCACGGCAUCGUCGUCGCUGGAUUCAGAGUACCCCCGUCACGGCGAAGAGUCGCUACGUUCGGAGAUAACUGGCUGUUUGCUGUUCCUGGGUCUCUUUGGACUCUUUCAACACAAGAAAAAACUGGAUAAGAAGACCAUAAGUCAAGCGGAACGGACGCUGAGUGCAAGUGGAUUGUCACGUCAGAGCACUGGACUUGCAACGAGCGGUUUUACGACUGUUACCACUUUUGUGGACAACUUACCACGCGACGUCCGACACGAGCUGCUGCUAUUCUUGUCACCGAGGGAGUUGGCCAUGUGUCCAUUAGUCUGCACAACUUGGGACCUUAUCACUGGUGACGCUGCUGAAGUUCUCUGGCGACGUGUGUUCCAGCGGGACUUUGGUGAGCCGGGUGAUAGGUUUGCAAAGGUCUUUCCCAUCGAGUGCUGGCGGCAGUUCUACUUCCGCCACCACUUGUCACGAGCUGUGGAGCUCGCUCGGUUGUUGGACAUUACAGAGGGCCGCAAGUGCGUGGCGAUUGAAGGACAGGUGUAUGAUGUCACGGACUUCUUGGAGUUGCAUCCAGGCGGGCCACAUGUGAUCGGAGAUACAGUAGGCACUGACGCGACCGAGAUCUGGAAUCAGUUCCGGCAUUCCAACGAGGCAAAAGAUGCCAUGCGUCAGUUUUUAGUGUGGGACAAAGUCCUUGCACGGCAAGCGAAGGAGAAACUAUGUGGGAACCUCGAGUCAGUGGUGACUCGCUGGCAAUCGAUCUCGUGGGCGCUUGCAUACUCGCACUGCUUCGGACGCAUGGCGCCGCGUUUCACCGACGCUGUACUUUGCUACAACUUCCGAGGUGAAGCGAGAAAGAAGGAAAAGUUAAGCAACCAUUGGCAUGACUGA